UUAUGUAUGCAUACAUACAUGUAAAUGUAUAAACAAAAAAAAUAGUACCGAAAAGUAUAUUUGAUUCAAAAUUAUAAAAACUGAUCAGAAUUUAGUGUUACCAACUUGCAAGAUUUAUGAGCAAAUAUUUCAAUUACAUUCUUCAUCCUAAUCCGAAAAGGCACGACAUUUCAAAAGCGUAACGAUGCACGUAGCACGAUUGCUAUUUAUCGUCAAAUUAAUUUCCUUAAUUAUUCCGUGCAUCGAGGGAGGGUCAAGAAAUGAGACCCAAACGACAAAACUUCACCUGGGGACUCCAGUCACAAGCAAGGGUUACAUGGCGAAUGAACUUGGUUCGGCCUACAUUGUGUUUGCGGUCAGAUCUUCGGACGACACAUUUUGCGUCGGUGUGCUCAAAAGCAGGACCGAGUUUUGGACUACGACCCUUUGCGCUAAAGAAUACCAAGGGUUCACCCUGGUCACGGGUACUCGAAACUUUAGCGAACAAACAGAGCUGCAUACCCUCAGUUCAUGGGCUGCUACAUACUCCAGCGGGGUGGUGGAAUUGCAGUUUUCUCCCAGCCUGGACACCAAAUCUUUAACAAAAAUCCCCACAUUUUAUAAAGGAAUCCGGCCCCCACCGGCGGACACGGAGUGCGUUACGUACGGCUACUCAAGGAAUUCGGACGGUGGUGAAAUAACAAUUCUGGGAUAUCUUUACACCAAGGUUACCAACACUGCGACGUGCGGGACCAGCUUCGACGGACUACAGGGGACUAAUUUCUGCGCAACUAUUAUCCCGGUACCUGAUAGGGUGACGACAGCGUCUCCGAUUUGUCCGGGAGAUGUCCCGACCGUUCUGGUGUGUUAUCUGCCCGUGAAGAGUGUGAAGGAUGCAAGUGAAAAUAUGGCGGGAAAGGGGCAAGAUGAGACAAUCCCUGGAAUUAGGUCCUGGUGCCAACUUCAUCCCACUUUUGCCGGAUGCGCCCAAUUCUGCGCGACAAUUCCACUUUUCUGUGGAACUACGACUACAACAACGACGACCGAAGAACCGGAAACGUUUUCCUGGGUGGUGACCGGAAUCCAGGCUCGGGAAACAAGCGCAUGUCUUUCUCUAUCCGACAAACCGCGUCUCAUACUGUACACACUCUUCCCAAAUUAUUUUUCCUCCGAGGGAUAACUGAACAGUAAAUUCUUGUAAUUUUGGAUUUAGAAAGUACUAGAAAUGCAAUUUGACCGAAAUUUGUGGCAAAUAAUGUAAGAUUGAGCACUGUCAGAAAAAAAUAAAUUA